AUGUCAAAACAACAGAUUCCGCCAGCCCCUCUGAGUCGCCGUCAAGAAUCCAAACUCAAGGAACUACGAGGGGUACUCCAGAGGCAGGGAUUACUGAUUGUGCUUGACUCGUUCCCAGGACCUGAGUCAUUCACUUUCAGUAGAACGCAGAAGUUCGACCACAACGCUAUCCAGCUGUCCCUAGGUCACCGUCCAAGAGUCGAUGGCUCAAUAUGCCAGGCCUGGACCUGCAUUGUCUCAGAAAAGAAGGAUCCCAAGCCGCCCGUUGCCUUCUACGACCACGAACUCUCUGGUGACGGUACACGCAUCUUACACUACCCUCGCUCGGCUUCCUCGCUCCUACGAAAAGCUACAGACCUGUGCCCACCAUUCUGCUUUCUGCAGUACGACCCGCACGAUGAUAAUGCAAGAGAAAUGCGCAACAUGCUCUGCGCAAUCAUUCUCUACAAAGCUUUGGUUUCGGGUGUCGAUGACUACGCCCUGGAAUGGCCUAUAUUCCAGGAUAGCUUAGGCCUGGCUCUCAAGCACAUCGAUUCGCGCGCGACGUACCAUCAGUGGCUUCACAAUCGAAAAAUUGCCGUAUUCAAACCAACAGUCAGUGGCAAAUCCAGCAGAUUGGCAGCAUCCAAGGACCGUGAUGGGGUAUUGGAUCAGAUCCAGCCUGAGUCUCGUACUGCGGAAUGCCUGCACACAGCCAGCAGCAUGAGUGACGAGAAGUACACCGGUGGUACAGUACGAGCUAGCAGUAGUGGAAUAACUGUCAAGCCGAACACCUCUCUUUGGAGAUUAAAGAAUCAGGUCGGCGACACGAGAUUCCAGCUUCUCGAUAACAUACCAUCGAGGCCUAUGAGGUUCUCUUCACACACGCUUGGUGCACCCUACUUUCCUUUCCGCUUGCAAGUGGGGGCUUACGAUCAGAACUCUGAUGGUGCCCUGGUGGUGUACGCCUAUCUCAUCCAUGAUGGAGUUAAGAGAACCGUUGUGAAGAUCCUGAGUCAUGACCAUGACGGGGGGGAGGUGGCUUGGACCAUGGAAAGACUGCAAAGCGUGGAUCUUCUCGAACCUUUCAAUUACCUCGACAAGCUGACGACCAAAUCGAACGGAGUAAAGCCUGGAGACAAAGCCAGGGCUGCAAAGAUCCGGAGUGUCAUUUCAUACUAUUUCUUUCUGGCCGAGCAUGAGGGUAUCAUCGGAGAUCCGCGCAUCACAGUCGGCGAAUCGUUUGGCAAGCGACUAUGUACUGCAUGUGUUGAGUUGCAGGAAGCAGGCUUUAGCAACGACGAAAACGUUAGCAAAAAUAGAAGCGACACCGGCAAUGGUGAAGAAAACGAAGUUGAAAAUUUCUUUUAUGAGCCUAGCAGGUCUGUAAAUGGCUUCGAAGAGGCGGAAGCUGGGUUGAGCCGAGAGAAGGAAGGCGAAGACAAACCAUCCACCAUUGCCAGACUCAGAUUGCAGUCGAACUUUCUGGAAGACAUCGUCUACACUGGUCCGCCUGAACAUCGAGAAAAAGUCCCAGAUAGCGAUUCUGGACCGGACAGGAGUGAGACAGCGCUGCAAAAGUUGGCUCUGGAAGAGCCGCCCCACGGGAAUCUGCCCCGACUCCAACUCGAAUUGCAUCCGUCAUUCCGACUCGAUCACAAAACUUCUCAAUCGUCACUAGCAAAUCCUAUUGAUGAGGCUGAUAGCAAUGCCGCAUCAACCGAUGAGGUGGAAAAACCACAUUCAGAUGCUACUGACGACAAGCAUGCACGCAGGUCCCAUGCAACGGCGAGCCUAGACGUACUACACAUUCAACACCAGCCAUUAAAUGCGAUCCAGAUGGGUAAAAAGAUUAUGUUAGACGAAGUAAGAACUACCUUGCCGCUGAGCAGCAUACAGGCAGCGGUUGACGAAUGCCCAUCAUCUAUCGAGAAGACAUCCAUCGUAGCCGCUGCGGUUCACCAUGCCGAGACAACCGUCUCAAACCACUCAAAGAGCAGUCCAAUCUGGCCACCACGUCACAGCAUCACUCAGAACGAAAGUGACGACGAAUCUGUCUCGAUGGAUACAUCUCUGUCCCUAUCGCCAGCACCUAAUCGCUCACAUUCGCCGGCGUUUCAGCUGAAUGGGACUCGAAAAAGUUCAGGGCCUAUUAAGCCGAUUGCGAACGAUGACGGUUUUCAUGUUCGAGCGGACCAAGUCACGGAUCGCAUAUUUGUCUCGCCACAUCGUACUGCUGAUCGCGACGAAGAAGGUCAACGAAUACCAUCGAUCAUCAAUGAGCCCGACAUAUUCCCGGAUACUGCGCAGAUCUUUGACAUCUCUAGUGAUGAGGACUGUGAAAUUGCCGCAUUGUCGACAGUACAAAACGAACUUGAGCAGACUCCAGAGGCCAGCGAUUGGAUCGAUGACAAGAGCAAUAUAGCACAUAUGUCAGCCAGUCCGAGACGUGCGAAGAGGAAGUUGUUCUUGAUUUCUGACACCGAAAAUGGCUUGAAAAUGAUCGAUGAACAGCAUGAGAAGUGGAUGGGGAGAGAAAAGUUGUCAGACGAGGAGAACAGUAAGCGUCUAAGGGCUCACUAUACAGUCGAGAGAGCCCAAAACACCACCAGACGGACAGCCAGGAAGACAGGAGCUCCAAUCCGUUCUGGCCAAAGAUUCAAUCUCCAACACGGAGAUGAGAACGGGAAUGCUGGUUUCCCUUUGGAGUAA